GAGGGGGAUCAAGUGAUCAGGGGGAGGUGAUGAGCACGCAGUAAACCAGGGGGCAUUGACGCCCCACGUAAACAAAAACAGCUGUGACGUCAUUUUAAAUCGCCCUUCAAUCCUGCAGAGAAGCAAGAUGGCGGGUCUGCUGAAGAAGACGACGGGUCUGGUCGGCCUCGCGGUCUCCAAGAACCCCCAGGAGCGCCUGAGGAUCCUGUACUCUAAGAUCCUGGCCUCCCUUCAGACCAUGCCCCAGGACGCCGCCUACCGCAGAUACACAGAGCAGCUGGUGGGGGAGCGCUACGACCUGGUCAAGACCGAGUCAGAUAUUGAGAAGCUGGAGAAGAAGAUCAACGGUGGACAGAUUGAAGAGGUCAUCUUUCAGGCGGAGUGCGAGCUGGCUCUCUCCAGGAAGAUGGCGGAGUGGAAGCCCUGGGAGCCACUGGUGGAAGAAGCUCCUCCCAACCAAUGGAAAUGGCCUAUCUAGGCCCCUCAUUAAAGUGUUCUGCUGUGUGAUUGGUCGUCCCCCUGCUUCCCAACGGAGUUGUGUACAAAUAAAAAAAUGGUGGAAAUAUUUUCCCACAAAUAUCCUAA